AAUUAUCAUCUCAUGAUGAGAAUAUCAUUCAAGGAAGAUCACGCCGCUGAUCAGGAAAAGGUUCUCGUGGAACACUUGGCUGAGGCACUUUUCGAGUCUAAGUUCUGGCAGCAAUUUGGCAUGAGAGCCUCGUCUAAGCAAUGUACCGAUCAUCUACUUAGUGAUUGCCACGAAUUUGCCAUCCAUCUUGAACAUGACGAUGCUUCAACGACAAGCCAGAGACAACACAAGCUUCAGCAAGGAGUGCCCGUCCGUGAUGUAAGGCCGCCAAAGGGUGUGGAAGCUAUUCAUCUCAAUUGCGUAUGCUUCGACCUACAAUUCUCGCGCGCCUCUCAGCACCAACGACCAAGGCCAGAGGAUGGUUUGCGUGCAUCAUCUUCGCAGACUGGCAGGACUCAGCCAGAGCAAGAGAGCGUCGAGGAUGAUUUGCUGGUUCUUGAAGAAGACGGAUACAGACAUGUCAAUGAAUCUUUCGGAACGAGGAUGACGAAAUCUUUGGGAACGAAGCAGCAUGGAUGUCCUGCCCAAAUACAAGAUGAUGGUAGCGAAGCGGCACUAAAUUGGACGUCAGUGGAAGAUUCGACUUCUUCCCAGCAGCUGAAACGCACAUUCGCCCAACAUGCAAGGCCAAGCAUAGAUGCACACGCAAUGCGGAACGAGUAUCUCGACUCGCUUUGGGCGGCUUUAAUGAACACAAUAGAUCGACCAGUGAAACGUCCGUGGACGACUGCAAAGGUAAUCAGCCAUGAAUCUCCAAGAUACCUUUCGGAGUGUUUUCCGACACUUUGGGCUCCAGGUUACCUCGAACACAUCUCGACAAGAGCGGCACUGCUUCCGACAAUCACUCACUCAUUGAGCCAUGUAUGCGGCGCUCAGGCGAAGAGUCUUGCAUUGCGAAGUAAGCUGGCGGAGCUUUGCAGGCGGGCUGGCUCUUGCUCCGAGGACGAUGACGCCAACGACAUCGCGCACGAAACACAAUCUGUUCUUCAGCCUCCGUUGUCUCUCCGCUUGUGGCACAUUCUUAACACAAAUGCACAUGGCAUUACCUCAGCCAGCCCGCCGAAGCCAAUAAGCACGUCCGACCUUACACCAGGGCACGGUCAUUCCGCAGAUGAAGAUGUUCUUGAAUCAAAAGUUUUCCAAGACAUUCUGCCACCAAGGCCCCCCGAAAAGCAAUUUGAUGAAAGCCGCUCGGAUCUGGACGACGAGAUUCUCGACCGUCACAGCACCACGGCUGGGAGGUGGAGUGUGUGCUCAAGUAGCCCGGAGAGCCUCGCAUGUGCAUGGAGAAGGGGGCUGACGGGUGAAAUAGAGGAUGGUGAAGAACAGGAUGCAUGGCCACGCGAUGCUCACGAGGAGUUGGACGUGGUUGAGGACGAUCUCUCGUCCAUCUGCGAAAGCGUUGGUUCACUUGACUUGUUGGAUGUGGCGGAGCAGCACCAGAUGUUGAUUUGUGAUGGGAGCGGCGCGGGAACGAUGGUGGGCUACAGCCCGUGCGUUGAGCCUCUGGUUGUGGACAUGGAUGAUGAGAUGCUGCUGUGAUCAGUGACAGUGCUUGACAGUGUAGGGUUAUCUGUACUACAGCGUUGUUGAUAGCGUGUAUUGCAUGUCUCAAUCUCG